AUGCCUUAUGUUGAGACGCCGCCCGAAAGAACCUCUGAGAAUGGGGAUUACGGCCACGAGCUCGACGACGUCGUAGAUGGCGGGCUUAUUGAGCCAAUUGCGAUCAUUGGCUUUUCGCUCAAGGCCCCUGGAGAUGCAUCCACGGCGGAUGCAUUCUGGGACAUGCUUGUUGAGGGACGGUCUGGAGCAUCAGAUUUUCCUAGAGAACGCAUCAACAUAGAGUCUUUCUCCCAAGAUGGGAUACACAGGAGUGGGGAUAUACCAAUGCGCCGCGGGCAUUUUAUCAAAGAUGACAUACAAGCGUUCGACGCUGGUUUCUUUUCCAUUUCACAUACAGAAGCCCGGGCCAUGGACCCUAUGCAAAGGCUGUUGUUAGAGACCGCUUACCACGGUUUCGAGAACGCUGGUAUACCCAUGCAUGAUUUGGUUGGGUCCAAUACUUCGGUAUACACUGGAUGCUUUACAACGGAUUACUUGAUCCAAUUGACCAAAGACCCUCUUGCUAUUCCAACAUAUGCAGCCACUGGCACAGGGGCAUCUAUUCUCGCCAAUCGAAUCAGUUGGUUCUUCGACCUCAAAGGCCCUAGCGUUAAUAUGGACUCUGCAUGCUCAAGUAGUGGUAUGGCGUUGGAUCUAGCCUGCGAAAAUCUCCGCAAUGGAUCUACCAGGAUGAGCCUUGUCGGGGGCUGCAACCUUACCUUCUCCGCCGAGUAUUUUACUAUGCUCACCAACCUAAAUAUGCUGUCUAAAGACGGUCAGUCACACAGCUUUGACUCUCGAGCUAAUGGAUAUGCAAGAGGUGAAGGCUUUGGCACAGUCGUGCUAAAGCGAAUGAGCGACGCCAUCGCAGACGGUGAUACAAUCCGAGCCGUCAUACGAUCGACAGGAUGUAAUCAUGAUGGCAAGACUCCCGGUAUCACACAGCCAAGCAGCGAAGCCCAAGAGCAGCUCGUGCGGGAGACAUAUCGAAAGGGCGGUCUCUCGAUGAUUCCCACGCGCUUCUGCGAAACACAUGGAACAGGCACCUCCUUGGGUGAUCCCAUCGAGUCUAUGGCACUUGGACGAGCUUUUCAAGAUGCCAGGUCGCCAGCCGAUCCACUGAUCCUGGGUGCGCUGAAAAGCAAUAUUGGCCAUCUAGAAGGGGCGAGCGGCAUCGCUGGUCUGAUAAAGGCGGUUAUGGUCCUGGAAAAUGGACUAAUACCGCCGAAUUAUGACUUUGAAAGUCUCAAUCCAAAGAUCGACGCCGAGUAUCUUGGGAUCCAGAUUCCUGAGCGGGUUAUGGCAUGGCCAUCAAAUGGUUUGCGGAGAGCUUCCGUCAAUUCAUUCGGGUUUGGCGGUUCCAACAGCCACGUGGUCCUGGAUGAUGCAUAUAAUUAUCUGCGGCUGCGUGGCUUACAUGCAAACCAUCGAACUGUAGUUCGUCCUUCCAUACUCGCAGAAGUCGAACCUGAGAUACCUAGGUCACUUUUCUUCUCUGCAGAUACCGGGGAAGCUUUGGAGCGCGUGUUAUCGACUUACCAGGGUUGUUUCACAGAGCGCGAGUUUCACAUCGGCGAUCUAGCGUACACGCUUGACAGCAGACGAUCACACCUUCCAUGGCGGUCAUGCCUGACAGUCACGAGUCCCGAGGACUUGAUGAAACUCAGCUCGCGGUCAUCAGUCCCUCGCAAAGUGCAAGACAAGAAGCCUCGUCUAGGCUUUGUUUUCACGGGUCAAGGCGCGCAGUGGUUUGGCAUGGGCCGCGAAUUGAUGUCAUACCCGACGUUUGCAGAGAGCGUGAAAAGAUCGGACAAGCACCUCAAGAGCAUCGGAUGUCCUUGGUCUACCACUACGAUGUUCGCCAGUACCACAAGGCUGGGACUCGACGACCCUGUCCGCUCGCAAACACUAUGUACAGUCUUACAAGUCGCGUUGGUUGAUCUCCUGGCCCAUUGCGGCGUGAAGCCGUCCGCGGUCGUGGGUCACUCUUCCGGAGAAAUCGCCGCCGCGUAUGCCGCGGGCGCCAUUUCAAGAGAGGCGGCGUGGUCGCUGGCGUACAUGCGUGGGUAUCAUGCGCAGACACUGCCAUCUCGGACAGAUUAUCGCGGCAGCAUGAUCGCCGUCGGUCUUUCAGAAGAAGAUGCACGUCCUUAUCUCGAGGAGGUCAUUCGAUCUAAUGCUUCACCUUGGGCAUUGCGUGUAGCUUGCUACAACAGUCCGCGUAGCAUAACCGUAUCCGGACCAAGCGAUCAGGUGGAUAACCUCGAGACGAUUCUGGAUGAAGCUUCGGUCUUUAAUCGCGUUCUACGGGUUCCGGUGGCCUACCACUCACCACAAAUGGAAGUCAUUGCGGCCGAAUAUGGCGAUUCUAUUGGUGCGAUGCAGGUCCAGGAGCUGCGCAUCCCAAUGGUGUCUUCGGUCACGGGAAUGAUAGCCACUGCAAAGCAAUUACAACGAGCACAGUACUGGGUCGACAACAUGGUCUCCGCAGUUCGUUUUGAUGAAGCUGUUGAGGCCUUAACCGCUGUCUCACCCAAAACAUUGACCAAGAAGCUUGACAGAAGCCACCUCAUGAUGCCUGCAGUAGACCUGCUCGUGGAGAUUGGGCCGCAUACAGCUCUAAAAGGGCCAGUCCUGGACAUAUUGAAGAAGACACCCAGAGCCUCAGAAGUGGAUUACGACUUCGCUAUUUCCCGCAAUGUGUCUGCAGCUGAGACCGUACAUCAUCUCAUCGGGCGGUUACACUGCAAAGGCCUCGAUGUAGACUUGAGACAGAUCAACGAUCCUAUUGGCACUCCGCGAGCGGUCCUCACAAAUUUACCAGCAUAUCCAUUCGACAAGUCCCAGACAUUCUGGUAUGAGAGCCGGAUGAAUAAGGAUUAUCGCCUCAAGGAACACGGCCAUCAGGAAUUCCUAGGUUCACGAUCCCUGGACUGGUGCUCGCUCGCUCCGCAGUGGCGGUACUUCAUCCGCACCAAGGAGCUUCCCUGGACAGAAGAUCACAAGAUCAACGGCGCUACCUUGUACCCUGCUUCCGGUAUGAUCGUGAUGGCUGCCGAAGCAGCUCGCCAGAUGGUCGCACCCACCGGCGAGAUUAAGGGUUACCAGCUCCGAAACGUCACGUUUUCCACAGCUCUGAAUAUUCCACCAUCAAGAGGAGAGCUUGAAGCACGUAUCGGUCUGCGGCCCUCGGGUAACAUUGAGCAUGCGUUUGAAUUUAUCCUAUACUCCGUGCAAAGCAACAAUGGAUGGGUUGAAAACUCCAGAGGCGAGAUUCAAGUCUAUCUCAAGGCCGCUGGGGACCUUUCCGAUGCGCUCCCAGGCCUAGAUGCAUCCCAGGCAUCCCUGACUUGCGAUGAGAGCCUUGACACCGAAUCUUUCUAUCAGUAUCUCUGGGAGAUGGGCUACGGAUACGGUCCAGCAUUUCAGCUUGUUCAGGACAUCCACCACGACUCGAAGUACGGAAAGGUCCUAGGCCACAUCAAGCCGUUGGUGACAACCGUAAGUAAAGACUCGAUUGUACAUCCUGCGACGCUUGACGCGAUAAUGCAUCUUGAAUUCGCAAUUCUCUUCAAAGCCGGCACAGAUCGCCCUGGAACUUUCAUCCCCACCAAGAUCGACAACCUCUGGAUGUCUGACAAGGGGUUAAAUGUUCAAGAUUCCCUUGUCACUGCAGUCACCACAGUGCAAAGUCGCACUCAGCGACACGCUAGAGGCUCGUGCCAGGUAUUCAGCCCGGAUUUUGGCCAGACUCUUCUACGGGCAGAAGGGAUCGAGCUCACCAUGGUCGCAUCAUCAAACAACAAGAGCCUGGUGCAACCUGGCUCCGAGCAUGUCUUGAGCUACGUUUGUUCGGAAGUCGAUGUUGACAUGCUGAAUGCCGAGCAGCUCAAGGCUUACCUUGCAAAAACAUUCCCGACAGAGUACGAUCCAGUUGUGAAGCGCAAGGCGAUUCGAGACUUCGUCCUGCUCUCGCUACAGAAUUUAGACUCGCGCUUAGCAUCCCUGAAUUUAUCGCCGUCGACACCGCACGGGCGCGCCUACGUGGAAUGGGCCAAGUCGCUGUGGCAGCGCCCGGACAUCGUUCUCCCAGACGCAAGCCUGUCAGAACUGGAGGAAGAAGUUCUUAAACAUGGUACAGAAGGUCGUAUGAUAGUGGAAGUCAACAAAGGCCUCCUUGACAUAGUGCUCGAUCACCGACCGCCGCAUGAGCUCCUCUUCGGACCGGAUCGCCUUCUUCCCCUGUACUACGAGGAGAAAGCGAAAAAGGAAGUCUACUUUAGGCGUCUCGUCCACUAUGUCUCCCUGCUCGCACACAAGCGGCCAAAUCUGAGAAUCUUGGAGAUUGGUGGUGGAACAGGAACGUUUACUUCAUACAUUCUUGAGGCGUUGAGUGUACCAGGAGAUGACGGAUCGAAGCGCUUGCGGUGCAUGAGUUAUGACUUCACGGACAUUGGUCCGGCUUUCAUCGAUCAGGCCAAAAGCAGAUACGUCCAGUACGGCAGCAAGAUGAAGUACAACAUCCUCAACAUCGAAGACGACCCAGAACGCCAGGGCUUCCGACCUGAGUCUUACGACAUCAUCAUCGCCAUCUCGGUGCUCCACGCUACUCGGAAUCUGGGAGAGACUUUGGCAAACACACGUCGAUUGCUCAAGCCUGGUGGUAGACUCUUGCUGCAGGAGCCAACCACGCCUGAAGACCCUUCCCACUUUUUCGUUUUUGGCGUCUUCCCCGGAUGGUGGCUGGGUGUUGAAGAGUACCGCCGGCUGUGCCCUUUGGUGGAUCAGCCGAAGUGGGAUCUCUUGAUGAAGGAGAAUGGGUUUACAGGAACAGACAUAGUGCUACGGGACUACGAGAUGGACGACGCGCAUCAGAUGGACUUCCUCAUCUGCCAGGCGGCUGCCAGUGAUGUCGCAGCCAAACCUACCAUCAAGCAAGCAGUCUCACUCAUCGUGGAUAGUGGGUCUGCAGCUCAACUUCGUGCGGCAGAGACCGUACGGAAUACACUCCUCGCGACAACAGGUACAGAGAGCGAGAUCGUCGCGCUGAGUGAGUUGAUGACCGAGUCCGAGAUCUUGAUAAGCACGUGCAUAUCUCUGUUGGACUUUGAUGGUCCUUUCAUGACUAGCAUGUCGGAACAGCAGUACGACGGCCUCCAGCAACUGCUCAAAAAGGCUAAGCUUUUGGUGUGGGUUUCUCGCGGCGGUGGCGACCAACCCCACCAACCAGGCUUUCAGAUGAUUGAUGGCUUCGCACGAUCGUUCCGACUGGAGGCUGCGUUUCUCAAGCUCGUACACCUGGCUUUGGAACCAUCGGAAAUCCUGACGGCGGACCAAGCAGAUGCAAUUGUUCAAGUGCUCGACGUGACUAAUGCAUCCGACAAUUACGAGCAUGAAGUCACCGAGAAAGGGGGCUACCUCCAUGUACAACGUGUGGUGCCGCAGCCUGCACUGAGGCAGGAAUUCCUAUCCAGGAUGCGCCCACAGCGUACAAUCCAGCGCCAGGCCACCGCAGACUUGAGCGUACAACUGGAUAUUGAUGUGCCGGCGCAGCUCGAUACACUCGCUUUCACCACUACAGCGAAUUUCAGUGGGCCGUUAGGUUUUGACGAAGUAGAGAUCCAAGUCAGGGCCGUCGGUCUCAGCCAUGAAGACCACCUCAUCGCGAUCGGACGUUCGGAAGCUCGUGCUUUCGGAAGGGAUUGUGCGGGUGUAGUCACCCGCGUUGGUGAAGGGUGCAAGCUACAGCCAGGCCAGAGAGUUUGGAUGUAUGCUAGCGGAAGAUGUGGCUCCACCGCGCGCUCAUCAAUGCAUGCUGUGGUCUUCCUUCCUGAAUCGAUCUCCUUCGAUCAGGCCUGCGCGCUUCCGAGCGAUGUAGUCACCGCUGCACAUGCUCUUCAUGCCAUUGCGAGGCUUGAAGUGAGCGAUGCUGUACUGCUCGAUUGCGCGGGUUCCCUUCUUCAUAGUGCGUUGGUAACGAGCAACUCGCUGGGUCUGAACGUAUUUGUCCUGGCGCAUAGCCACAAUGAAAAACUUGUGCUAGAACAGGAAACUGGGUUGCCCCCGAGCCACGUGCUAGUUCUCGGAACACCCUUCCAGCACCAGUUCAAAGCACUCAAUGGAGGACAAGGAGCAGAUGCUGUGAUCAGUACACGGGCCGAUCCCGCAUGUGCAGAUGUCCUAUCGACCUUUGGGACGUACGUACACGUUGCCAACGAUGGACAACUGCCUAAAAUACCAUUUUCGGCUAGCAAUCUUACGUUCGUCAACCUGGAUAUCGCUGCGUUGGCGGAGGCUCGUCCUAGGCUUCUCCAGCCUAGUCUGCAAAUUGCAGUCAACCUUGCUGCUGCAGUCAAGCAGGACGAUGUUCAUACCUAUCCCGCGUCGGACCUGGGCAGAGCCUUUGAGAGGCUGGGUGAAGUUGAGCACGGCAAGAAAGUGAUAUUGACGUUCGGCUGCGACGAUCGCAUUUCGACCAAAGUCCUGCAGACCGAGGCAUAUACCUUCGGUGCCGAUGGCACGUAUGUUCUUACGGGGGCUUUCGGUGGACUUGGUGUCCAGGUAGUCCGCUGGCUGGCAAGCAAGGGCGCGAAGUACAUGAUUCUUCUUUCACGCUCUGGCCCUCGAACUGAGCAGGCGCUGAAAUUAGUUGCCGAGCUGCAAGCCAUGGGCAUCACUCUCGCGAUGCCGACAUGCAGCGUCACCGACGCUGAGGCAGUGAAGAAAGCGGUCCGUGACGGUCAAAAGGGCAUGCCACCAAUUCGGGGGUGCGUUCACUUGGCGAUAUCGGGCAAGGACAAAUCCUUCGAAUACAUGUCGUACCCCGAGUGGGUGGACCGAACGUCAGCCAAGGUCCAGGGCACCGACAACAUCUAUGCCGCGCUCCCUUCGGAUCUCGAUUUCUUCAUCAUGACAGCCUCGGUAGGUGGCAUGGCUGGUCUAAUCUCCAUGUGCGCCUACUCCGCUGGAAAUGCGUACCAAGAUAACUUCGCGCGUUAUCUUUACGGCAAAGGGCAAAAGGCCAUCGCCAUGGAUUACGGCGCUGCGCAGGACAUCGGUAUGCUUGCAGGCCAGGACCUCAUGUACGACCGCCUCAUCCAGACGGGGCAAUACACCCCCGUUACUAGUCGCGAACUGGUGGCGCUGCUCGAGUACUACUGCGACCCCGCGGUGACGGUGAACUCGGUCGAGCAGGCCCAGCCCAUCAUUGGCAUUGAGCCGCCCGGCCGGCGCAUCGCUCAGGGCAAGGAUGUGCCCGAGGGCAUGAAGCACUCGCUGUGGCUCAACCUCUACGACAUGGACGACUCCCUUGGCGCUGCCGACGCUGUGGAUACAGGGACAAACGCGCGCUCCGCGAAUCUCAAGGAUAGCAUUGACGCUGCAGCGAGCGUAUCCGAAGCGGAGCACUUGAUCGUUGAUGCGCUGAUCCAACGCGUUGCGAAGACCACGUCCAUGCCGCCGGAAAAGAUGGAGGCAGAGAGGCCGAUUCACAGCUACGGGGUGGAUUCGCUAACGGCGAUAGAUCUGCGGAAUUGGAUUGCGAGCGUAUUUGAGUACGAUAUUGCGGUGUUUGAGAUUCUGGGGGAGGCGACAUUCAGGGGUGUGGGCGAGUCUAUCGCGAGGAAGUUGAAGGAGGGCAAGUGA